AUGGUGGUAACCCAGGAGGACAAGUCGAUCGAGCUGCUGGACGUGGACCCUCAGGAGACGGAGGACGACGGGGCGGUGGUGGUGCUGGACUCCAAGCGGAAGGGCAAGCGCACCAGACACUUCCGGCCGACCGAGCAGUAUUCGGACAUUGGCGGGUUGGACAGGCAAAUCCAGAAAUUGAUUGAGGCCGUCGUGCUGCCGACGACGCACAAGGACAAGUUCAAGAACCUGAGAAUUCAUCCACCGAAGUCGACCUACACAGAAAAAAAAAUCGGAUGGCCAAAGAACCAGACCAAGUCGGCCAAGGUCACCGUGAAAAUGACGCUAAAGCACAACCCACGCCACGCCCUGAAGAAGCUGAAGAACAUCAUCAACAGCAAUCGGUUCCGGCGGGACCUGCGCCAGGCUGCUCAGCACCGUACCACAGUCUCGUGUAGCGGAGUAAUCGGCCACGUUCACGUUGGCCGAUCGCCGGAACGCGAUUGUACGCGGUUUCGGACGGAAAUGUAG